AUGACGCUGUGCGGACUUGUGCACGACGCGCAGCGCGAGUCGCACCGCAUCGCACGCAAGGUGUUGGUUCUCGGCGACGGAGCAUCGGGCAAGACGAGCCUGCUGUUCGUGCUCGUCAGACACGAGUUUCCACAGACAUACGAGCCGACGGUAUUUGAAAACUACACACACAUCCAGCACACGCAUACAGGACUCGCGGUGGAACUGACACUGUGGGAUACAGCUGGUCAGGAGGAGUUUGACAAGCUGCGCUCCUUGUCGUACGCCGACACCGACGUUGUACUGCUGUGCUUCAGCGUCGACAAUCCGGUGUCGCUGCAAAACGUCGAGUCGCGCUGGAUUGCCGAAAUCCGCCACCACUGUCCAGCCGUCAAGAUCAUGCUCGUCGCUCUCAAGUGCGAUCUCCGAGAGCCGCGCAAUCCGCGCACGCUCUCCUACAACCACGGCCUCGACGUCGCCAAACGCAUCAAUGCCUGCCGCUACCUCGAGUGCUCCGCCAAAUCCAACAGAGGCGUCACCGAGUGCUUCACCGAACUAGCCUCGGUCGCCGCCAACGUUCGCCCACAUCCCCACUCUCGUGCCUGCACCAUCGCCUGA